AUAUACCGUGAAUUGUCAUCGGACGGACGGAAGUCGAUACAGGCCGCAGGUGUAACCGAUUUAUUCCAAAUCAAGCGAUAUAUACACACAGCUUCUUGUAUCUACAAUUACCCUAAUUUACAUUACUGCCGCAGCUCAAGUUAUUUGUUGUUUUUGUCGCGUGAUUUUCGGUAGAAUGAGUGGGAAGGAAAGAGAUUUUGAGAUAGAGCAUGCUGGGAAGAGGAGGAAGAUGGAGGAUACAGGUUCCGUGGUGUGCCGUGAUAUUGAUCACGGUAAAUGUAAACUGGUAGAGGAUUCGUAUGUUGAGAAUGAUGAGGACUCGGUCUGUGGGAGUGAAUUGAAGGGAGAUGGUGAAUUAGUGCACCGGGAUGGAGAUUCGUGUGUAUCGGGGAAUGUGUGCAAGGACAUUAUUCCGUGUGGCUCGAAGAGUGAUGGAAGUAUUUGCGGUGAUGGAGAUCAUAGAGUAACCUUCAUUGAUGCUGCUCGUGAUUCUACUGUGGAGGUGAAGUCUGUUUCUGAAGGUUUGGGGAACGGCGGUCAGGUAGAUGGUGAUGAUGUUUCUAGAGAAAGAAACAGUUCUUCGGCUGAUCAGAGUAGCUGUAUAGUCUCUGAGCAGACACAUUUAGAUAGUCCUACUAAUGAUUCGGCAGAUCAAAUCUCGGAAAGGAAGAAGCGAGAGACAAUUACGAAAGAUGAAAACAAUGCCCAAGCAAAAUUUGUUGAAACAAAUAAAGAUGGUAGGGAAGAAAAGCCUCAUCUUUGCAAGGGAAUAGAUGUUAGAAAAAAACUUCUCGUCCUUGAUAUAAAUGGACUACUUGCCGAUGUUGUUUCCGCUUCGUCUGUGUCGGAUGAUUAUAAAGCUGACAUCGUAAUUGGCAUGAAAGCAGUUUUCAAAAGGCCUCAUUGUGACGACUUUCUGCAAUUUUGUUUCGAGAGAUUUAAUGUAGGCAUAUGGUCAUCAAGAACAAAGAAAAACAUAGAUCCAAUUCUUGAGCUUCUUCUGGGAGGGCACAGGUCAAAAUUGGUAUUUUGUUGGGAUCAGUCCCAUUGUACUCCUACCGGUUUCAAUACCAUUGACAAUCAAAGAAAGCCUCUAGUAUUAAAGGAAUUAAAGAAAUUCUGGGGGAAAGAUUAUCCUAGUCUGCCAUGGAAUAUUGGAGACUAUGAUGAAUCAAACACCCUUUUGUUAGAUGAUUCACCUUAUAAAGGCUUGAGAAACCCUCCAAACACAGCAAUUUUUCCCAAUACAUACGAGUACAAGAAUUUAAAUGAUGAUUCUCUAGGACCUAAGGGGGAUCUUCGAGCUUAUCUGGAAGGACUUUCCUUGGCUCCUAAUGUCCAAGAAUAUGUUGAGCAUAAUUCAUAUGGUCAACAACCUAUUUCAAGAUCAAAUCCCUUAUGGCCUUUUUACGCAAAAGUCAUGGGAAUCGACUAUACUAAACACAAAGAACCUUCUUGUCAGAACGCAUCAAAAGGUAUAAAUAUCCGGCUGGAAGAAGAAGCUUACAGAGGUACCCGUGGUGACAAUGCUCGCACCCAAUAUAGUGAGCGAAAUACUCGAUCUACAGCAAAGGAUUCAGUUCAAUUAUCAUCCAAGACGAAUCAAUUGUGGAAUUGCAGAGCUGGCAGAACCAAAGAAGCUCGCUACCCACGGAUUCAGCAUACCCAGUUCGGAAUGAAUCGUGGAAGUUUUCGUAAAACGAAGCUUCUUAUUCUGGAUGUCAAUGGAUUGCUUGCAGAUUUUGUUUCAUAUGAACCUCAUGGUUUCAAAGCACACUCUAUGUUAGGAGAUAAAGCAGUUUUUAAAAGGCCGUAUUGUGAUGACUUCCUGCACUUUUGCUUUGAAAAGUUUCAUAUUGGUUUCUGGAUGACAACUUCUAGGAGGAAUGCAGAAUCUAAUCUUGAUUUAUUGCUGGGGCAAGAACUUAAACAAAAUGUGCUUUUCUCUUGGGACAUAUCCCACUGUUGGGGAACAAAUUUUUGUACUCUUGAGCGAACUCAACCAAGAGAUAGACAUAUUUAUUUUAAGGAACUUCAUAAAGUAUGGGAAACAGAUGAGCCAAAUCUUCUACGGUUGAAAUAUGAAUUCAAUCAAUCGAACACACUUUUGGUGGAUAAUUUUCCACACAGUGCCUUGCUUAAUCCACCGCAUACUGCGAUAUUCCCCCCAAGGUACCGGUUUAAGGAUGAAAGCACUGACAAUACAUUAGGACCUGAAGGUGAUCUUCGAGUAUUUCUUGAAGAGAUAGCAGUGGCUGAGAAUGUUCAAGAAUAUGUAAGGAAUAAACCUUAUGGUCAAAGACCAAUCUCAGACGAACAUCCGUCUUGGAACUACUAUGUUCGUGUCAUCAAUGAUACAAGGGCCCGUCAAAAACGUUGCUUAGGAAGAUGGGGGACUCCGACGAAUUUACAAAAAAAUGAGCAACAACAGGAUUGUAGAGCUGGUGUCACCGUUGUCCCUGCCCCAUGGAUUCCACAUUCCUCUUUUGGAAAUAGUCGUGAAGUUUCCUGUAAAAAAAAGCUUCUGAUUCUUGAUGUCAAUGGAUUGCUUGCAGAAUUUGUUUCAAAUUAUGAUACUAACAAAUACAGAGAAGACUCCUUUAUAGGCGAUAGAGCGGUUUUUAAAAGGCCAUACUGUGAUGACUUCCUGAACUUUUGUUUUGAUAAGUUUCAUAUUGGUUUCUGGUUGACUACUACUAGGAGAAAUACAUUAUGUAACCUUAAUUUUUUCUUGGGGAGCGCAACUAAGGAUGUGCUAUUUUCUUGGGACCUAUCCCACUGUUUGGAACCAGGUCAUAAAAUGCUUGAGAGAAGGGAUAGGCCUAUUCUUUGUAAGGAACUCAAGAAAGUAUGGGAGAAUGAUCGACAGUGGAGAUUCAAUUUUGAUCCUUCAAAUACACUUUUGGUGGAUAAUUAUCCAUCCACUGCCUUGUUAAAUCCUCCACACACUGCAAUAUUUCCCCCAAGGUAUAGUUACAAGGAUGAGAAAACUGAUGAUUCAUUAGGCCCAGGAGGCGACCUUCGAGUAUUUCUAGAAGGAUUAGUGUUGGCGCACAAUGUUCAGGAUUAUGUCAAGCACAAUCCAUUUGGUCAAACCCCUAUCUCGGACAAUAUUCCGGCUUGGAAUUACUAUUCUAAGGUGAUUGAAGAUGUAAAAGCUCGUGAAAAAGAUUGGUCGGAAUGGGCUCGAAGAAAUGACCAUAAUAGAACAUGUUAAUGUUAGGUUAAUAUUCCUUAUUUAUUUAUUCUUUCCAAGCCAACAUUAAUGUGCUUGUGUUGUACUUUAUAUUGGGUGAUAGGGGUGAAUUUUAACAAACUGUAUAGUAGAAAUUUUCCGGAUGGUUCCUUGAGUUUGUACAUUGUAGACGUUGUUUCAACUUUGUAAACAAAUCUUUCGAAACAAGCAAUGAAACGAAAAACAGAGAAGAGAACAAAACAGGUCUGUCUA